AUGGAUCCCCUGGCUAAUUUUGAGUAUCAAAAGGGCUCGGAGCAGUCGCCUCCAAUAAUGGAAGAUACAAAUCAGCUUCUAGGUGGAAACUUUGAUUCUGGAAAUCCCAGUCAUCCCGCCACGCCUAGAAUGCUUCGAAGUGUAAGUGGUAAUACAAAAGCUACAAGUAGUGAUGUUAAUCAACAAUGGCCACCACAUAAUCAGAAUAGCUCAAGGACUUCUGAGAGCGAAGGCUAUACUCAGCAGUCAAGUAAAGGCUUAAGGAGAGAUUUCCUGCAAGGAUCUAAUUCAAGGGACAUAAAUUACCAUAGGCCACCAGAGACUCAACAAUAUCAAUACCAACAGCCGCAUCCUCAGCAACACCUUGAACUGAGCUCAUUUCAUAGACGUAUUCCGUCCGGUUCUAGUGUCUCGAGGACUCCCAGCGUGAACAAGAAGCCUCCAUCUUCACCGGCACCCAUGGGCUUGUCCCCCUCGCAGCCUCCUAAGAAGGCUGAGCUUCUCCCUCCGGCUGCUAUAUCUUCGCCUGCGAAUGAACCUACGCCAGGAACAGCAAAUCAGCAUCUGCCUUUAAGACAAUCACAGCACCCUCUGCGAGACUCAAGUCAACAUCAUCAUCAACAACAAUUUCAUAGAAAAUCGAUCGGCGACUGGACAUUUGUUAAGACCAUUGGAGCUGGUUCGAUGGGAAAAGUUAAAUUGGCUCAGCAUAACACUACAGGGGAAAUAUGUGCCGUAAAAAUAGUACCUCGAGCAGCGAAGCUUUAUCAAAGAGCUCACGCAAAUGAUUUACCGCCAGCAAAUGCACAAGCGGCAGCGCAAAGACAAAAAGAAUUUGAGAAAGAAGUUGCUCGAGAUAAACGUACCAUACGUGAAGGAGCCCUUGGAAGGCUUCUAUUUCAUCCAUUCAUUUGUAGGUUAUAUGAGAUGGUUCCUAUGACAAACCACUAUUAUAUGCUUUUUGAAUAUGUGGAAGGUGGGCAAAUGCUUGAUUAUAUUGUGUCACAUGGUUCGCUUAAAGAGAGAAAUGCUAGGAAGUUUGCUCGAGGUAUAGCUUCUGCAUUAGAUUAUUGUCAUAAAAACAACGUGGUACAUCGUGAUUUAAAAAUCGAAAAUAUAAUGAUUAAUCAAAAAGGUGACAUAAAAAUUAUAGAUUUUGGCUUGUCAAAUUUAUAUGCUCCAAAGUCGUUGUUGAAGACGUAUUGUGGAUCGUUAUAUUUUGCUGCCCCUGAGUUGUUGAGUGCAAAGCCCUAUAUGGGACCAGAGGUAGAUGUAUGGUCAUUUGGAGUGGUUCUCUACGUUUUGGUUUGCGGUAAGGUUCCAUUUGAUGAUCAAUCUGUGUCUGUACUACAUGAAAAAAUCAAAAAGGGUAAUGUUGAAUAUCCUGCUUUCUUAUCUAGAGAAUGUGUUUCAUUAUUGUCUAGAAUGUUGAUUGUCGACCCCCUUAAAAGGGCGACAUUAUAUGAAGUGAUAAAUCAUCCUUGGAUGAAAAAAGGAUACGAUUACCCAGUAUCCAAUUUCCUUCCUAACAGAGUCCCAUUAACAUUACCUUUAGAUCCAGAAAUAAUAAAGGCAAUUGCUUCAUUUGAACUAGGUUCAUACCAAUCUAUUGCUGAGGAGUUGGAUAAUAUUAUUGGUAGUGUCGAAUAUCAAAUGUGUGCUGAAAAUUGGUACAAGCUAAUGGAACAAGGUAGAGAAUACGCAUCCGCAUCUAACUCUCAUAUAUUACCGGAUCCAACUGGUGGAUUUCAUCCUCUAAUAUCUAUUUAUUACUUGGUGGAUGAAAUGAGAAAAAGAAAGAAAGCAAAGGAAAUGUCUCUUAGAGCCCAAUUGGAACAGCAAAACGAGUUGCAUGAGAAAGAGAAAGUUGCCGUACCUACUCAAGAUGUAGACUUUCGAUCUCAACAAGCUGAAACCCCAUCUGCAGCUAGACAGCAGAAUUUGCCGUCACUUCCGUUCCCACCACAAGCACAUACUUCUAUGUCUCCAUCUACAUUCAACAGGAGCUCACACUCACCACCUACUACAACUGACCAACAACAGACAAUACCUAAUCAGCAACCACUUAGUGCAAGAGAUACACUUCCAAUCCAUGACACACUUGAUCCGAAUGCCGGCAAAGGAGGGCUCAAUUCUAUAUUACGGAGAUUGUCUUCUAAGAAAUACAAGAAUCAAUCGUCGCCGCCACCAAAAGAAAGCGUUACAUCGCCUCCCGAAACUUCGGAACAGACGAUUGCACCUCCACCGCUUCCAAAAGUUUCAAUCACACCGGAUUCCAAAGAGAGAUUGGCUUCUCAGACAUCAUUCGCUUCAGGUAAGAGAGACCCGCUAGUUCGUCGUGGUGUGAGUAUGAAGGUUACAGCGAAAGAGAAAUCGUCUGCAUCCAGACUCAACUUGGCCGAAUCGAAUACACAACCACCACAAGAACAAGAAACUGAGAAGAAAACCACACAUAAUAGGUCUCUGAGCUCUUCUAACCCUAACAAACUUCAUGGCUUUAUUCCUGUUGAAUACUUACCUCCCUUGCCAAACAUAAAUACGGGUUCCAAUAAUACUGUUACAAUAGGCAGUCCAAAGUUACUGCCAGCUACAGGAAAGAAAAUGCAUCCAACAGCCAGAGCUAAAUCUGUUGGUGGUUACGUUGGAAAAGAAUCAAAUGGAGGCUAUCGUCAUCGCGCUCAGACACAGAAUAUUGCUCAUCCUCCUUUACCAAAUAAACUAGCUUCACAGAAUAGUGAUGAAGCUAUCACGACAAAUCAGGACCAAAGUGACGGCUUCUUUGACGAUGUUACACUAGAUGAUGUUCAGUAUCAAGAGAUUCCUAACCUUACUGAAAACCAAAUUAUUGAGCAAUUUAAUAGUGCUAAGCCAAAUAGCAUGCCCUCAAUUGAAUAUCCGAAAACAUUGUUCUUGAAAGGAUUUUUUAGCGUGCAGACUACUUCAACCAAGCCAUUGCCUGUCAUUAGAUAUAACAUCAUUAACGUUUUAAGCAAAUUAGGGGUCAAAUUUCGAGAAGUAAAAGGUGGCUUUGUUUGUGUACACGUUCCCUCUGUUCAACAACCAACAAAGACGCUGAAUGAUCACUCAUAUGAUACAUCGAUCCAGCAAAAUAUGAGUGCCGAAAAUAGUGAGGAAGAUCGUUUAUAUGGCGAUGCAUUCAAGUCAUCUUCUUCUCUUGAGAAGGAACAACCCACUAGAUCAAAAACGCCUGAAACGGAGGGACCCCCACAAACGCGAACUCCAAGUAGGCAACCAUCAUUGCAUGUUAAUACUCAGAACUUUCCGAUGUCACCUUCGAAUUCUACAUCGAAAACGCAUAAACCUUCAAAUUCAACUGGAAGUAGCCACAGGCGAAAGUUUUCCAUAGGAAACUCUUUGUUGGGUUCUUAUCGUAAGAAGAAUGGAUCUCAGGUUGUAAUGCCACCAAACACGCCUGCUACUGCCAAGCUUACCAAGCUGUUAUAUUCUGAAGGAGAUGAUACAGUUUACGGAGACGAUGAGAAUACGAAGACUUUCGAUGAUGAUUCUAUUGACUCUUUGAAUGGAAUCAUGAUUGGGGGAGGUAGUGAUAUGUUGGUAUCUUCAAGACUAGAACAAAAGACAAAACACCAGCAUGCCACUAAUGGACAACUCGGUAAGAGAUCUCCAUUGAAGUUUGAAAUUCACAUUGUCAAGGUGCCGUUGGUGGGAUUGUAUGGUGUUCAAUUCAAAAAAAUAUUGGGUAAUACUUGGAACUAUAAAACGUUGGCAAGUCAGAUUUUGAAUGACUUGAAUUUAUAA